AUGCAUGUUCAUAUUGCAUGGCAGAUCUAUCACAAGGAACAACAAAUGAAGUUUCAACACAAGUGUAAUACUCCGCAUCAAGAAUUAGCAAUGAUGAAGAAGUCUUUUCUAAGUCAUUUCGAUUCUUCAAGUGCCAGGCCAGAAAGCACAAACACACCUCACCAUUACUCUUUUCCAUCAACACCUCUACACACUGAGAACCACUGGGCCAAACAGCGUCCUAAGCAGCUCUGCAAUCACAAAGGAGAACUUGUAUCAAGAGCUCAGAGUGAUUUAAAAAGUGAAACUCGGCAUCAUCUGAAGCUACGUGUGAAGAGGCACACAGAGUAUCCCAGAACCAGGGACAGUGACAGACUGAGGCAGGACGGACGAGAGGAGACGUCUUUAAACAGUCACGGAACAACACCAGACAUGGAGACUCUCACAAACUGGAACCAUCCUCAUCGGUCUAUUUCUUCCCCAAGUGCAAGUGCGAUGGUCCAGCAGGCCACUGAUGGACCAGCAGGCCACAAGCCACUGGAGGAGAAACACAUUGAGUGUUCGAGGUCAACACCUUUAUACUGCCCCCCAGUUCUCACUCGUGUGAUUCGAGCCCCUGGACAGAACCUGGACAUGCAGCCGGUCUCUUUAUCGCCUUAUGACAUCUACUGGUUUGGAUUCACACAGUUCCACUGA